AUGAUGAGAGCAUGGCUUGUGCAUUCUUUGUUAGCGCUGGCUGUGUCCAGCCUCACCAUCUCUGUGGUUUUUGCCGUCAUCCCACUGUGCCAUAAGUUGCUCCUGUUGGCCUUUGCCUUGGCGGUAUCUGGUCUUGCCAUGGGCAUCAUUGACACCAUCUCUAACCUACAACUGGUCAAGAUCUACCAGAAAGACUCCACAGUGUUCCUGCAGGCCCUUCACUUCUUUGUGGGUCUCGGCGCUUUAGUGAGUCCCCUCAUCGCUGACCCCUUCCUGUCUGAGACCAGCUGUGUGAUUGGGAACAGCAGCACCAAUGCAACAUCAUUAAGACAUCUGAGGAACAAGCUCGCUGGCAGACAUGUGCACAACGUGUCCAGUGUCCACCUCCACACCGACGGAGAGGUGGUGACCAACGUUUCCUACGCCUUCUGGAUCAUGGCUAUCAUCAAUCUUCCUGUACCCAUCGCCAUAUUAAUCCUGAUGUAUCGGGAGCGGCUGUUCACGUGCGGAUCAGACCCCAGUCAGCGUUUACUAGAUGGAGACGUGCUAGCGAUGAAAACCUGGGGAACC